GGGACCUUUUUCCCGUUGCUCGACAGACUUAUUCGACGAAGAACUAGUUGCUGAGUUUAUAAUUACUUUAUGGCUUUAUUACUUUAUAUUUCGUUCUGUUUAAGUAAACGACCGCAACUUUUUAAUAAAUAUAUCUGUCUAAUAUCUACUGAUGCAUUAUUUUAAUUUGUGUUUUGCAGGCCACGGUGCUUGGAGAUGCGUUUUUAUAAACUCCCCUGAAUUGAGUUUCCCCGAAGAUGUCCAACAACAGCAGCAAAACCACAGCAGCAGCAACAGCAGCAGGAAUCUGGUCCAACCCGGACGGGUCUUGUCCGAGCAAUUCAUCCAUUGGCAUCUCUGCGACUGUUCCCGUGAUAUUCAUGACCAUUGGGACCUUGUCGAACAUCAUGGCGUUAAUCAUCCUCAUCAAAGCCUAUGAGAAAUUCAAACAGAAAUCCAAGGCGUCCUUUCUGCUCUUCGCCAGCGGUUUGGUGAUCACUGACUGCCUGGGGCACAUCAUCAACGGCGCUAUCACAGUCAGGAUAUACGCGCUGAACAGGGACUGGAAGUCCAUCGACCCCUCUGAGAACCUCUGUCGAUUUCUGGGGACUUGCAUGGUGUUUUUUGGCCUCUCGCCCCUCUUCCUGGGAAGUGUGAUGGCCAUCGAGCGGUGCGUCGGCAUCACGCAGCCCCUCCUGCACUCCGCCAAAAUGACCUCCAGACACACCAAGCGCAUCUUGGGCUUCACUUGGCUCUUUGCACUCUCUGUGGCCCUACUCCCCAAUAUGCGCUUCGGGGAAUAUAAGGUCCAGUGUUCACAGACCUGGUGUUUCAUAAAAACUCAUAAUAUUCAAAACGGGAGAGAUGUGGGGAUUUUGCUUCUUUUUUCCUCCCUGGGAUUGACUGCGCUUGGCAUCUCCUUGUUGUGCAAUUCUGUUACUGUUGUGGUUUUAAUCAGAUCUGGAAUCAAAAGUAGACCUCACAGACAAGGCAGGUCUCAUCAUGUAGAGAUGGUUGUCCAGUUAGUGACCAUAGUGUGCGUCUCCUGUAUUUGCUGGGGCCCCUUGCUGGUGAUGGUGGCAGUAAUUGGCAGCGCCAGGUAUCUGGAUAAGAAUUUGAAUCAGCCAGCCAUCAAUUCAUUGCUCUUUCAAGCGGUCCGGAUGGCAGCCUGGAAUCAGAUCUUAGAUCCAUGGGUUUAUAUUCUCCUUCGAAAAGCCAUUCUAACACAACUCUAUACAAUUUCAAUGCGGUGUUUGGGAAGAAAAAACAUUGACCUUCAAAAAUGGAAUUGCAAUUCAGUACAUAGUUCAAUUAAGAUUGCAACUAUAGAAGGCACUCUGGCUUCAUCUAAAAAACAUCUGAAAGUAACUACAACAACUUAAAAACAAUAAUGCUUUAGUCUAUAUGCAUGAGCUGUAUAAUUGUUGAUGCAUUUUUGUCAUAUGGCAACAAUACGUUACAGUGCAAAGAGAUAUGUUCUCUUUUUGUGAUGUUGUAUGCAUAGAUUUGUUUAACUUUGAUGGUUUGAUUGAAACCACAGUGCUUUUAGGGGCACAGCCAAAUUUUUUUUCCAAAUUUAUAAUAGAAAACCGAAGACUCCUAUGUGGUUGUAAAGUCAUCAGAAACAUUAAGUUCUGUUUUAUAGUUUUAUCAAUAAUAAUGCUGUUUAAAUCAAUGUUUAGGCAUUUAGGGCAUUUCCAAUCAUCAGAACUCAUAUAACUAGCUUUGAAUAUUGAUUUAUUCAUUUGUCUAUUUUUCUGACAUAUCAGUCCUGGUGAAGAUUGCUUUACAUUAAUGAAAAAGUGUCGCUCUUUCAAAUUGAAAGGAGCGUUAUGCUGUUAAUUACUUUCAUUUUUAGUUGGAAUAAUUAAAAUAUGUGAAGGGUACGUAGAAUUUUUGUGAAAAAUUGCUCCAUUACAUCAGCUGGAAUGACAUUUAUGAUUCCAUAUUCCCAGCUCCCACUGAAAGUGUUGCUACUGAUAAAGCAGGAGUGGUAGGUACAUCAUUGGAAAUUAAUAAGGAAUAAAUGAGCAGAUUGCUCCAUUAACCAUAGUAAUUAGGAACUACUGCUCCUUUAAUUUUCAGGAUACAUGAUAGUUCCUGGUGCAAUAAUAUGUCAGUAUAAUUACCAGCUGUUAAAAUUGCUGCUAUAGUAGACACUCUGGCUUCAACUUAAAAAAUUGUGGUAAGCAAUUAUUCUGGCUUUGAUUUUAUUUUGAAAACUGUUCACUUUUAAAUUUGGCCAUCGACUAUUGACAAUUAAAAGAUUAAGGGUGAAUGAAAUACCUCUAUUCAUUGUUUUGGGCAGUUCAUGUAUUGUGAGAACUUUUGAAGAUUUUAGCAACCAGCUCCGGAAGGAUUUGACAAGUUGCUACACUCACAUAUUGGCUGAUAACUGUGGGAACAGUUACCAUAUUUGUUGCACUUUUGGGCUUUACUUUUCUUCAUAAAAAGAGAAAGAACAAGACGCACACAAAGUAUGAAAAACUCAACACUUUAUGCUUUCUUGUGAAAUACAGUUUUAUUUUCUCUCAUGAAACAGAUGUUUUGGGCUUCAACACAUGUCCAGCCAGCCUUACUCUUUGAAGCAACAACCAUAGGGCAACAAUAAUAAUAAUAAUAAUAAUCCUUGCAUUUGAUAUAGCGCUUUUCACAUCUUCUAGACGUCCCAAAGCGCUUAUUUUCCUCUGGAUCUUAGCAGUGGGAUACAUUUAAAGGGAUUAUUGUGCAAUUGAUCAAUGUGAAGCGGAGGAAAGAAAGAAUAGUUUGCAUUUUAGAUUACCUCUUUAAUGAAACUCAGGACACAAUUAAUUAAAAAAGAUAUUGAAAAUGUAUGCAUCUCAGAGGCACUGUUAGCAAAAUCUGUCAGAGCCGAAUUAAAUUCCACCAGUGGAACAUUAGGUACUGUAACUCUUUUGUGUGCUGUGCAGGCAAAGUGAUUACAACACUGAUGGGAUGUUGUAAUAAUGUAGUAUAUGAAACUUGUGUUCUGGAUUCAAAUUUUUUCCCCUCUGUAUAUCUUGUUUCAAAGGUUAUUUAUUCAUUUUGGGUAUGUAAAGGCUGAGCCUGCUCGUGACAUUUUAAAGAACUACUUGUGAUGUAUUUUUUUAUUGGCUGAUAUUAUAAACAUUUUAAAUCAUA